AACUCUGCCCUCAUAUAAUAGCUGAAAAUGUUGUACGAUGUUAAUUUGUGGAGAAAACACUUACUAUAUUACAUGAUGAUAUCAAUGUUUUGAACAGAUAAUCUUGGUUCUGUCACUCCUCGGUGGCGAAAUCUGGGGUGUUCUCUCCGAUUACGCCAAUGAUUAUGAUAGGCCGUUGGACUUUUCUUGUGGAACUUCCUACUUGGCAGAAAUAUCUAGUGUCCAUCACGACGCUUACGAGGACAGACGAUGGUCGUUCCGUUGCGACGGGUUCCCUACCGGCAUGUGGAUCGGGCACUGCUUUUGGUCAGGUAACAUCAAUGCUUAAGACGCACAAUUCCUCUAUCAGUGCCCAGGAGACAAAUUCGUCAACGGCUUCCGAAGUGUCCAUAGUGACCAAUUUCAAGACAGGCUUUGGAGAGUCCCAGUGUUGUUCAAUCAUUGGUCAUCGCAGAGACGGGUGUCAUUUCACCCCGUACGUCAACGAGUAUGACCGUGAGUUGCAUUAUACCGUACCUUCUGGCCAAUUCAUACGUGGAAUCCGCAGUACUAAUGCCGAGUGGGCACGUGACCGCAUCUUCUCGUAUGAAAUUUGUCAAUUUAUACAGUAAGACCAAUACGACUGCAGCCAACAGUUUACCAAUUGAUGGGAACAGACCAAUAUGACUG